UGAGUAUUUCACAGGUUAUUAGUAAUCCACCUCCAAUGGACAAUUGGAAACUCGACAUUGUAAGGGGGCUCAGUGAAAGACCUCGAAUAUCUUCAACUUGGAGCAUCUGCAAAGUUCCGAGAAACGUUCGAAAGGUGAAUGAAGAUGCUUACACUCCUCACAUUGUCUCCAUUGGACCAAUCCACCAUCAAGACGAAAACUUAUUGCCUAUGGAGGAUCACAAACGACGGUACCUAAUCUCCCUCUUCAGGCGUACGCAAAAUCCUUCAGCAAUUCUCGAGGAUUGUUACAGUGCCCUCUUGGGUCUUGAUGACGAUGUCCGUGCUUGCUAUCUAGAACCAAUCUUGUAUGAUAAACCAGAGCUUGCGAAAAUCUUAUUACAUGAUAAAUCAGGCGUACGCAAAAUCCUACAGCAAUUCUCGAGGAUUGGUUCACAGCUUGUUGUUCUUAAGCGGUACCGUUUGGAAAUUCCUGCCAGUCGUCGACGUCGCAAGGGCCAAGUGGGUACGCAAAGUACCAAUUCGAUUGUUGUCUUGGAGGUAGUGGGUAACUCUCGACAGAGAAGGUCGCUAGAGCGGGACUGGUUUAGGGUGCUCGAUCUACAAUCGUUGAAAAGUCAAGGUGGAUCAUCAGCAACCUACAAUACAUGUAAGCAAAAAAACAAUUGGAAAAAUCUUGGCACCGGUGGAGUGCUAGCCAAAGAAGCUCCGACAAUCAAGGAUCGAGAAAGGGAUUUGGGCAAACUAGGUUGCCCAAGUAGGUUGUUAGGGUGCUUCGAAGAAACAGAUGAAAAGGUCAUGCACACUCUUGGAAAUGGGAAAUACAAAUCAGCUGCUAGAAAUCAUCCUCUAACGAUGACAUGGUUAAGCGACAUUGAGAAAGGGCUCCGUGCAACAACUCGAGCAUCUUCAAGUUGGAGCAUCUGCAAAGUUCCCAUGAACGUUCGAUCGGUAAAUGAAGAUGCUUACACUCCUCACAUCGUCUCAAUUGGACCAAUCCACCAUCAAGACAAAAAGUUAUCCCCUAUGGAGUAUCACAAAAGGCAGUACCUAAUCUCCCUCUUCACGCGUAUGCAAGACCCUAGUUCUAUGCUCAAUGGAUGUCUUGCUACAGUCAUAGCUCUUGAAGAAGAUGUCCGCGCUUGCUAUGUAGAACCAAUCCCGUAUGAUCAAUACGAGCUUGUGAAAAUCUUAUUACAUGAUGCAGGGUUUAUGAUUGAGCUUUUCUUUAGAUACUCCGAAAUGGGUUUAAAAGUACAAGUUGAUCCCAUAUUCACGACUUCUUGGAUGAUCUCGACGCUGCAGCGUGACUUGACGCUUCUGGAGAAUCAGAUCCCUCUCUUUGUUCUAAAAUCUGUGUUUGAGCGUAUAGCACCGUCUAGUGCUGCUGGUCUUCCAACGCUCGAAGAGCUUGCUCUUCAAUUUUUCAAGUCAACUUUGAACAUCAGCGAAGAAGCAUUCCUCACAAAAUGCAGGCAGAAGGGCAACCACUUGCUUCACUUGUUGCACAACUGUUAUCUUCCUUCAAAUCCUAUAGAUUCAAGAAGCAAGCUGGGCGCAUGGGAAUUCAUACAUUCUGCAACAUCACUCAGACAGGCUGGAGUAGUGUUUCAAAAGAAUACGACAAACGACUUGUUCGAUUUACAAUUCCAUAAUGGCACGUUCAAAAUUCCACCUCUACGCAUUCAUGGCUCUACCGAUACACUCUUCAGAAACCUUGUAGCCUUCGAGCAGUGUCACCAGGACAAUAAACAAUAUAUUACAUCAUACAUCAUGCUCAUGGAUAGACUGAUCGAUACAACAAAUGAUGUCGAGUUACUUCAACAGAAGCGAAUCAUUGAUAAUGCUUUGGGUGGUGGAGAUGAUGUUUCAAAUAUGUUAAACAAUAUCUGCAAGCAAAUAGUUUUAAAAGAGUUCUAUUUUGCAGGAUUAUGCAAUCAAAUUAAUGCCUACACUAAGUCUCCUUGGCAUCGUUAUAAAGCUACAUUGAGACGUGACUACUUUAAAAAUCCAUGGAGUAUUAUGUCCUUCGUGGCUGCCGUUCUACUUAUUGUUCUUACUCUCUUGCAGACCUUGUAUUCUGUACUCUCUUAUUACAAAAAUUGAUACUUGUUCUGGAAAUAGUUGUGGUUUGUUCUUGUUGAAUAAUCAAAUGUUCAAAAGUGUUUAGAAGUUUUAAUUAGGA